AUGUAUCUUGAACACCACCAACACCUGCUAGACAGAUACUCAAAAUGCGCAACUUUCGCCCUCAAAGUUUCGUGGUCUGAGCUAGAACCUAAAUUUGAAGAAGAUAUCGAUUUCUGGCCAAGUGAAUUCAACGGUCAAGUCAAAAUGGCCCCUUUGAUCACAGUCCACUCUCGUGAGAGGGUUACUAUCGAGAAGUGGGAAGAUCAAGGUUGUCAAGUCCAGCGCCAAAUUGUCCUAGAAGAAAACGACGCUCAAAUUACGAGUUUUGAGACGUCUUUCUUUGAGGUCAGCAAGCGGACGGAGACCGACUUCGCCCUUUCACACAGCGAUAUAGAGCAGAUCGCAACUCAAGUAUGGACUUUUCAGUUCGAGCAA